UCAAGCCAAAACUUCGCUGCACUCUUCUGUCGCCGUUUAAUGAUUUUGAGCUGCUCAGAAUCAGGAAGUGCUUGGAUGCAAGGCGUUUCACUUGAAGCUCGCCCUUACCCAAUUAGGGGCCUGGUACGGUCUCCUCUUCAUUAUCUGUGAGAUUUCAAACUUGGACAAUGUAUGAUCAUCAUACAUGCCAUAGCUUGCCCACAAUCUGUAGUCACAUGUUUUGGCCCUGCCUCUCGUCCCACACAACCAGCUCAAGGCGAACAUUAUGGCUCUUCAAGAUCUCACCGACGUUAUCGACCGAGUUUGGUUCUGGAUCACAAAGAGUGACAAGGAAAUUGUGCCCAACAAGAUCGCAGCCGCUUACAACCAGAAGGGUGGCUGGGAGGGAUGGGCUCAAGUCGAAAUUGCAUAUCUCAUCCAGACCAAGUACAACAAUGUCACAAUCGAUCGAGAGGUCAACGUGUACUCCGGGACUAAAAAAGAGAACGACUUUGUCAUCACAGACAAGGGCAAUCCCCCGAAGCCGAAACAGAUCAUCGAGCUGAAAUGCGAAAGGGGCACCCAGUCCGCGGCACAAUUCGUGCAAAGCUUCUCCGACGACAUAACGAAGAUCCACAAUCUUCCCAUCAACCCGUCUUACAAACCAGCCAAAGCAUACGCGGUCGCUAUAGUCUGUACCGUACUGACUCAGCAGCUGAUGAUAAAUACAGCUUGGCAAGUCAAGGUUAAUAGGAUUCAGUGUGGUCAGACUGGGAUUCUUAUCUUCUGGAAUGAGCUCGACAUCGUCUAAGGUCUAUUCGAGCCAUGU